AUUUUCUUAAGUGAAUUCUAAAGGCAUAAAUGGAUUUCGGUCCUCUUCAUCCAUUCAACCCAUCCCUUUCCUUCAUUCAAUCUCAUUUCAUCCCUUCAAACCCAUACAUUACCUCCAUUUCACCUCAUCUCUUACAUCUCCAUUUGUGUGCGCAUAUCCUUGAAAAUGGAAGGCCAUGGAGAACCGGAUUCCUACUUCUUAAUACAAUAACUUCAACCCAUCCAUUUCCUCUGCCACUUCGUCGUCCUUCCCACCAUCAUGCAUCUCGACCCCGUCGCCACCCCUCUUUCGACAAGGGUACAACUGAAUUUUUAAAAAUCAUGGAGGUGCAGGAAGAAUACAUGGAGGUGCAGGAAGCAAUGUCCUCCCGGGAAUAAUCGAAAUCCGAAUUGUUUGUCUCCAUAAUCAAGUUCAUUAUCUUCAUUGGCCCCGUUGGAGGUUCAACCACCCUGUUCCGAAGUCAGCUUAAGGGUUUGCAUUGAAGGUUGAAACGUUCAAAAGCGUACAUUGGUGGAAAAUCGAAAUCUGAGUAAGUAAAUGGUGCCUCGUAUUCUCGUUACUAGACUAUUUGCGUCCUUCACAAACUGCAGAAGCACCCAAUUCCAAUGGGGUUCUCUGCUGCAACACAAACACGAUGCUUCUCUUUUUAUGUUCAACACAUUCACUUCUGGUGGGGACAGCCACAAAGGUGACACCUUUACAGUGUCUUACCUCAGCAACUCGUGUGGGUUGUCCCUGGAAUUGGCCAGGAAACUCUCCAAGAGGGUGAAUUUGAAAACCCCAGAUGGUCCAAAUGCUGUUCUUGACACUCUCAAGAACUAUGGAUUCUCCAAAACUCAGGUUGCAAAAGUCGUCGAGAAGAAUCCCAGGUUGCUUGCAGCCAGUGCGGAGAAGACCCUCUUGCCCAAACUCAAGUUCUUCAACUCUAUUGGUGUUUCCAACAGUAUCAUCCAUAGGAUUGCGCUUGAAGACCCUGUCAUCUUGCAGAGGAGUCUGGAAAAAUGCCUUGUGCCACGAUACGAGAUUAUCAGGAGUAUAGUUCGUGAUGAUCGGAAGGUUGUUAGUGUUUUGAGAAAUGUCCCACUUGGUUUCACAAAUUGUGACCUAAAGAAAUGCUUGGUUCCAAACAUCGAGAUCCUGAGGCAGUCUGGGGUUCCUCAGGGUUCAAUCUCUCUGAUGAUGGUCAACGCCACCUCUUCAGCAAUGGUGAAGCAUUCAAGAUUUGUGGAAGUUGUCGAGAGAAUUAAGAAAUUAGGGUUUGAUCCUAAGAAAACAACUUUUGUCAUGGCUAUUGAUGUGCUUUUAGCGAUAAGUAAAGGGGGAUGGGAAUCGAGAAUUCAGAUGUAUGAGAGGUGGGGCUGGAACUGCGAAUUGGCUCUUCAAGCGUUUCUGAAGUUUCCCAAUUUUAUGAAGUUGUCGGAGGAGACAGUUAACAAAAAAAUGACUUUCCUAGUGAAGGAUAUGGGUUUGUCAUCAUUAGAUAUUGCUGCAUAUCCUCCUGUUCUGGCCUACAGCUUGGAGAAGAGGAUUAUCCCUAGACUCUCAGUAAUUAAAAUUUUGAAAUCAAAAGGUUUUUGAAAUGAUCAAUCUUGGAGUGAGGUAUUUUUGGGAAUGGAAAUGCAUUACCCUGAAGAAGGAAUCUUUCUCGCCAGGAAGAACACAAAGUUGAAAAAAAAAAGUUCAUAUUGGAGAGUUGUAAUCUUGUUUAAACUCCUUUUAUAGUAAAUGAAAAGUUUUCGAGAAUGAUGGUGAUGGGAAAACUGAUGUAACUCAGUAUGAAAGUUAGUUGGCUGUUUGUUUCACUUGACUGCUACUAUACCAGAGUCCAUGUUUUCUCAUCAAGUUUGACACAUUUUCAUAUAGAUAAAAGAGUGUUGAGACAUUUAAAAGGAAUUAUUAAUUUUAGUAUUUGGUACUGUAAUGGAAAUGGAAAUCUUGAAAGUUAUGUUGAUAGUAAUUGGAAUGGUUCUGUUGAUUUAAAGUAAGUUCCGGAGAUUUUCUUAACUUGACAGGUGAGUGUCGAAUGUAUGUAAGAACAAGAUUUUGUGACUGAAGUUUGGUACUCAGAAAAUUUGAAUUCGUUUCCUACCAC